GCCAGGGGUGAGAGAGUUAGCGGCGAGGCGUCGGUAAGCGAGCGUCGUUGACUGUCCCGCCACGAGAAGAGGCAAAUUGGGGUCCAGGUUCCAAAGCCGGUGACCGCGUACCCCGGUGAGCCGCUGUCUUUGAGUGAUAUCCUGAGAGAAGAUGGGAAAGGGCUGCAAGGUUGUGGUUUGUGGAUUGCUAUCUGUGGGGAAAACUGCAAUUUUGGAGCAGCUCCUUUACGGAAAUCAUACUAUUGGAAUGGAAGAUUGCGAAACAAUGGAAGAUGUGUACAUGGCUUCAGUGGAAACAGACCGAGGAGUAAAAGAACAGUUACAUCUUUAUGACACCAGAGGUCUACAGGAAGGCGUGGAGCUGCCAAAGCAUUAUUUUUCAUUUGCUGAUGGCUUUGUUCUUGUGUACAGUGUGAAUAACCUUGAAUCCUUUCAAAGAGUGGAGCUUCUGAAGAAAGAAAUUGAUAAGUUCAAAGACAAAAAAGAGGUAGCAAUUGUUGUAUUAGGAAACAAAAUCGACCUUUCUGAGCAGAGACAAGUGGACGCUGAAGUGGCACAGCAGUGGGCAAAAAGUGAGAAAGUGAGACUGUGGGAGGUGACUGUUACAGAUCGGAAAACUCUGAUUGAACCAUUCACUUUAUUAGCCAGUAAACUUUCUCAACCCCAGAGCAAAUCAAGCUUUCCUUUGCCUGGGAGGAAAAACAAAGGGAACUCUAGUUCUGAGAACUAAAAAUCUGUAAUUUCACAAUUGUAUGUUGAAUAGUGACUGCCUUUAAGUGUCUGUGAACAUGGAGUAAUAUCACUAUUUAAAAUAGGCCAUUUGUAUCUACCUUUGGUCCUUAGGAAAAUUCCCAAGGAAGUCAUUUAAUGCACUUUAGAUGUUAAAAGUAUUUGGGCUAAGGUUAUUAUUGCCUGUUAUGAAAUAAUAUAUUCUUAUUCUCAUUGUUUGAAACCUGUCUUUGAAAUUAGCACCUUUGUUAUUUAUGUUGUACUUGUGAAAACAGUAAAAUAAAGUUUGGACAGUUAUGCAAAUGCACCUAUGUGUAACUUCCCCCCAUCCCCAAGCUGUUUCAGAAGAUACCAUAAAUCAUUGUUACAUUAUGCAAACUUCUAAGCUCAAACAUGACUUCGUUUUUAAAAAGGUUAUUAAUCUAAUGUCUAGGAUUAUAAAACAACACUUUUUAUGUCUAAAUUGGACCCAAAACAUUCAAUAGUUUGGGGGGUAGUAAGCUAAAUUUCAUCUUGUGGAGAUUUUGCUAAACAGACUAAGACCCAUGAUUUAGGGUCAAAUUAGAAUGUUUAGCAUGAUUUGAGGUACCAGGUAGUGUAAGUAGGUUCAUCACACUCUAAGGCCGUUUUUUCUUCAGCCAGAUCCCUGUUGAUAGACCAGAUACUUGAGGGCAAACUGUUUGCUCCUCUUGAAAAUGAUUAGGCACUUAAGGACAGUAAAGCUGUAUUUUCUGGAAGGAAGACUGUAUCUUCUGGAACAGUUUUCUAGAAAACUAGUUAUAUACAAUAAAAGUAUGAAAAAUACUGGGCUCUAGAUGGUCUAAGUUAGAUGUCUGAAUUUGUGUUGUUUCUCUAAAGAUUUUGGCAAGACUUGAGCGAUGUGGCUGACUGUAACUUUAUUAAUUUAAAAGGAAGUAAGCUAGUGAUUUCAUCUGUGAAAUAACUAUUUUAAUUGAAAUGUAAAAUAAGCUAUUCAGCAAAGAACAUAUUAAAACAUCAAGUAAUUUGUAACAUCUUAAAUGGAAUACUUUUUUUCAUGAGCUCAAGUGAAGAACUACUACAUAUAAAAGACAAUACUUAUAAAUCAGCUAUUGCUGCUAUAGUAGAAUUCUUCAAAAUUUCUCAUCAUAAAUUCAUUUUUUGGUCAAAAAAUUACCACUCAGACACUAACUCACCCCUUACCUUUCCCUCCAGUUAUUGAAUAUUAAUCUAGCUUUUCCCCCCAUGCAUGUUACGUAGAUGGACAAAUGCUUUCAUAAUGAUUUUUAAAUAAGUACCUUCCAGUUUGUUUUGUUUCCUGCUAAUGCAACUUAGUCUAUAUUAGUACAGACAGAGUUACCAAUUCUUUUUAAAUUCUGUAAUGAAUGUAAGUUUCUCUGAAAGAGACACACCGCAACAGCACUGCUGGGUCAUGCCCUGUGUAUACUUAGGUACUGCCAAAAUGCCCCCUACGGCAGUGUACCAGUUUAUCCCUGACAGAACCCAUCUCUCUUGUACUUGCUACUACAGCAUCUGCAAGUCAGAAAACGCUUUAAAAAAUGCAGUAGGGUUCGUCUUUGAAGCCUAAAUGGGGUAGAUUAUUUAACCUUAUCUAGGAUACCUCAACAUCUACAGCUGUGUAAAGUACAGAUCCUAAUAUGGGUAAAUAAUACCUACUAAAUAUGCAUUAUUUUUAGCUUGUUUUAGAAGCAGAUACCUAUCGAUUUCAGAAGAAUCUGCAAACAGCAACCAAAAGGCAAAAAUAAAAGUAAAUGAACACAGCAGCAUUAGGCGAUUUUUAAUAUUGUUUAUUAGCACAGUAACAAAUGCAGACUUAAGUAGUCCACAACAUAUAACCAAUCCACUGAGCAACUCCUAUUCCACGCCUUACAGUUAACAGCUUAAGGUAUUUCACUACAGGUUUUCACAAGUCCUGAUUUAAACCUUUUUUAAACAAAGUAGAUUGGCAUAUAAAAUAAAACACAUUACUCAUCUCCUAUAUGGUGUUUUACAGCCACGUGUCCAUUUUAUAUAUAUGAGAUGACAGUCUCUCAAAACUCUGUUAAAUAUCAGUGUUCCCUUCCAAGAAGGGAAAACAAAUUCCAAUUUUGUUUUAAACAAAAAGUAUGUAGUCUUAGAGGGACUUUACAUAAAUGGCCAUAUGUG